GAAGCUUUGCUCCUGGCACGUGGCUCCAUGUCAGCCGGCAGAGGCAACGCAGGGAGAGCAGGAAUUCACCCCGCAGGAAUCCACCGGGAGCAGGAGACGCUGCCUGGAGGGAAAUCGGUGUUUGGAUCCCGGCAGCCAAGCUGAUCCCGGGCAGCAGAGCCGGUGCCGGUGCCGGCGGGCGCGCUGACCAUGUUCAACGGGGAUGCCAGCUCCUCGUCUGCCCGGAAUGUGGUGCGCAGCUCCAGCAUCAGCGGCGAGAUGUACAGCCUGGAGAAGAGCGCGCGCGGCAGCGCCGACUCCGUCUCCGUCACCGUCACCGCCAGCAAGAAGCGGCGCUCCAGCCUGGGCGCCAAGAUGGUGGCCAUCGUGGGGCUGUCCCAGUGGAGCAAGAGCACCCUGCAGCUCAACCAGACCGAGGGCGGCCCCAAAAAGCUGCGCAGCACCAUCCGCAGGAGCACCGAGACCGGCAUCGCCGUGGAGAUGAGGACCAGGGUGACCCGGCAGGGCAGCCGGGAGUCCACGGACGGCAGCACCAACAGCAACAGCUCCGACGGCACGUUCAUCUUCCCCACCACGCGGCUGGGAGCCGAGAGCCAGUUCAGCGAUUUCCUCGACGGGCUGGGGCCGGGGCAGCUCGUGGGGCGGCAAACCCUGGCGACCCCCCCGAUGGGAGAUGUCCACGUGGGCAUGGCUGACCGCAACGGGCAGCUCGAGGUGGACGUGAUCCAGGCCAGGGGGCUCAUCCCAAAGAUGGGCUCCAAGUGCAUCCCUGCCACCUAUGUGAAGGUGUACCUGCUGGAGAACGGCGUCUGCCUGGCCAAGAAGAAGACCAAGGUGGUGAAGAAAACCUGCGACCCCUCGUACCAGCAGCCCCUGCUCUUCGAGGAGAGUCCCCAGGGCAAAGUCCUGCAGGUGAUCGUCUGGGGCGAUUACGGGCGCAUGGACCACAAGUGCUUCAUGGGGAUGGCCCAGAUCAUCCUGGAGGAGCUGGAUCUCUCCAGCGCCGUCUCGGGCUGGUACAAACUCUUCCCAACCUCCUCCCUGGCCGACUCCAGCAUCGGACCCCUGACCCGGCGCCUCUCCCAGUCCUCCCUGGAGAGCUCCACCAGCCCCUCCUGCCCGUAGAGGCUGGGAUGGGCCAGGAGACAUCCAAGGAAACCUUGCAGAACUGGUCGUGGAGAGCUGUAAAUAUCCUUAUUUUUUUGGGGUUUUUUUUUCCUUUUUUUUUUUUUUUUAAUUUUCAAUCUCCUUCCCCCACUGGACGCCCUCCCUGGGAAGGGAGAGGGAGCAAGGACUGGGUGUGAGGCAGGGGGGAAGGAGAGGUGAAAAUUCCCCCUGAGGGCUGCGACUGCCAACGACCCCAAGACUGUUCCCAAACCUCGUCCUGGGAGCUCCCAGCUCUCUCCCAACCAGAGCCUGGCUGAGGACGAGGUCCCUUUAUCUGUCUCGGCCUUGGGAUGGUUUCCUCAAGUUUGGGACGCUCUCCUCGAGGUUGGGAUGACCUCUUUGGCAUCUGGAAUGCCCUCCUUGAGGUCUGGGAUGACCUCUUUGGGAUCUGGAAUGCUCUCCUUGAGGUCUGGAUGGCCUCUUUGGGAUCUGGAAUGCUCUCCUCGAGGUUGGGAUGGCCUCUUGGGGAUCUGGAAUGCUCUCCUCAAGGUCUGGAUGGCCUCUUGGGGAUCUGGAAUGCUCUCCUCAAGGUCUGGAUGGCCUCUUUGGGAUCUGGAAUGCCCUCCUUGAGGUCUCCUUUCCCUGCCUCCCAGGAAGAGGUGGCUUUCCAAGGGGAAAACCCCACCGGACUCAGAGCAGAUCCAACUCAGCACUAUUUUUUUGUUUUCCAAGGAAUGUAGCAUCUUCUCUUAUGUAGCUUUGCCACGUGCUAACAACACAUUCACUGCAAUACCCAAGAGAACUCCGGGUGGACCGGGAACAUCUGCCAGUCUCAUCCCGUUUGGUCGCUUUCCCAGCACUUUUGGUGGCCAUUUCCCUGCCUUUUUUUUUUACGUGUUUUUUCCCCCAAUUUUUUGGGUUUUUUUGGGUUUUCCCGGGAGCAUGUAGCCUGUGACCAUUGCCAAAGCAAGAGGGGACAGGGAAAGGGGCGCUGGCCUCCCCUCAGUGUCCACUGGGCUUCUCCUCGUGUGUGGCCAAAACCAGACCCAAAGGACAAACUCUGGGAAUGCGUCGUGGGAGGAGGAAGGAGAAGGUGACACAACGGAGCAGAUACAUCAGGCUCCUGGUGGAUCACCUGCCUCCCAGCCCUCUCCUUCCCAGCUGGAGGGCUGGGAUGCUCUCCUCGAGGUCUGGAAUGCUCUCCUUGGAGCCGGGAUGUCCUCCUUGGAGCUGAGAUGUUCUCCUUGGAGCAGGAAUGUUCUCCUUGGAGCAGGAAUGUUCUCCUUGGAAUUGAGAUGUUCUUCUCGAGGUCUGGAAUACUCUUCUUGGAGCUGAGUUAUCCUCCUUGGAGCAGAGAUGUCCUCCUUGAGGUCUGGAAUGCUCUCCUUGGAGCUGAGAUGUCAUGUCCUCCUUGGAGCUGAAAUGUCCUCCUUGGAGCAGAGAUGUUCUCUUCGAGGUCUGGAAUGCUCUCCUUGGAGCUGGGAUCUCCUCCUUGGAGCAGAGAUGUUCUCUUCGAGGUCUGGAAUGCUCUCCUUGGAGCUGGGAUCUCCUCCUUGGAGCUGAGAUGUUCUCCUUGAGGUCUGGAAUGUUCUCCUCGGAGCUGAGAUGUCCUCCUUGGAAAUGAGUUGUUCUCCAUGGAGCUGGACCACUCUCCUUGGAGGUGGGAUGUCCUCCUUGGAACUGAGUUGUUCUCCAUGGAGCUGGAACGCUCUCCUCAGAUCUCGGAUGUCCUCCUUGAGGUUUGGCUGUCCCUCUUUGGGGUCUGGGAAGUCCCUGCUGGGGUUGGGAUGUUCUCCUUGAGGUCUGGAAUGCUCUCCUCGAGCUUGGGAUUCCUUCCCUGAGGGCUGGGAUGACCUUCCCAAGAUCUUGGAUCCCCUCCUGGAGAUGCCCUCCUUGGAGCUGGGAUCUUCUUCUCCUCCUCCUCCAGACCAGGCUGUCCUCCUCAAGCUGUGGGAUUCCCUUCCCAAACUCUGGGAUUCCCUUCCCAAGCUCUGGGAUUCCCAAACUCUGGGAUUCUCAAGCUCUGGAUUCCCUUCCCAAGUUCUGGGAUUCCCUUCCCAGGCUCCAUCACGCUCCCCUCGAGGUCUGGGACAUCCUUGGGCUUGGGACACCCUUCUGGAGGGCUGGGAUUCCCUCCUGGAUGUUUGAAUUCCAAGCAGGAGCAGAAUCCAACCCUGGUUCUCCCCAGGGGGACACCUCAAGGGCAGCUCUGGGAUUCGGGGGGCAGACAGAGGAGUUCCUUAGCGGGGUGAGCGUUUUUGGGGUUUUUUUUGUUCGUUUUGUUUGUUUUUCCCAAGCAGCAUUUUGGUUCCCUCCGAUGGGAUCCAGUUCUUGUAGCAAACCCGGGAAUUCACGGAAGCUUUUUUUGAAGGUGCCUAUUGAAAUUUGCUGAAAUUACUCAGGGGAGACACCACUAGAAACUCUUGGUUUCUUCAUCAAAUAUUUCCUAAAUCCAAUGACUGUCCUGAAGGAUCAGUUCCCAAGA